CUAAAAACCAAAAUCUAAAAUCAGCAAUAUUGCUUUUUAGAAAAGACUAAAAUCUACCGCAAAAUCAAAAACCAAAAUCUAAAUCUAAAAUCCAAAACCCAAAAAUUAAAAACAGAAACCAAAAUUAAAACUCUAGAAACCAAACAAACAAUGAUCGCGUAAAUUGUUAAUUAAAAGUACUGGUGAAUGUUUCAAAAAAAAAAAAUAUAGUACUGGUAUUUCCUGUAUUUUUAAAUAAUGUGUGGUCAUAAUUAAUUGGUCACUUCUUUUUGACCGUAAUAAUUAAUUAAAUUGUUUAAAUAAUUACAAUUUACAAGGUUUCCCUAUAAGGGUUAGGCCACUAAACGGCCCACUAAGAAACUUUUAUAUAUUCGGAGUAGUUAAGAUAACUGCACAGACACUAGUUCUUCUUCAACGGUCUCUUCCACUUUUUGGGGAAGAAAAGCGAUGGCAGAUGGUUUUGGCUACGGCAGUUUCUCCGGAGCACCGUACCCGUUGUGGCUUUCGUCUCCGUCUCCUCAUCCUUCGGCUUCUGCUUCUCCGUUUCGUGCAACCUAUCCGGUUAAUUUAACCCAAGGAGGGUUUGAUCCGACGAUUUCUCAUGGCUCUUACAACCGAUCGCCAUCUAACCCUUCGUACGGUGGUCCUUGUUCAUCGUUUUACGUUAACAACGCAGGAAGUUACGGUCCCAGGGGUGAAGAUUCGUAUGCAUACAUGAUACCACCGAGUGGAUUACACCACCCUUCAUCAUCUGAUUAUGUGCCACUUCCCACUGAUUAUUUAUUAGAGACUCAACGCUUAGACCGGAUUCCUUAUAAAUUCUCAGCUCCAGUGUCAGACAUGCUAAUCAGAAACUCUCAGGAACCAUUCUAUUACCCUAUCCUGUCUUCUGGCGGUGCUUUUGAUGAGAAACGUCCCGGAAAAUACCAUCCUGGCUAUGAUAAAUUCGAGACUAUGAAUGCUGUCUCUGGUCCUCCUGUGGCUUUACCACAAGCUCUGUUUGAUGGAAGUCAGACUGGGGUUCCUUUAGGAGAUGGGAGAUUGUUCCCUGAUGUUGUCUGUAGUCGUUCGCCUGAGAAUAUUCAAUCCAGCUUGCCCGGUUCUUCUGUUGAACCUGUGAACUUCAACGUGUUGCUUGGAUAUGGUGAAGCCACUGGUGAUCAUGUCAAGCCUUUGUCCGAGAACCCAGAUCUUCGCAAUGAGACAGUUGGCUCAGCAGGUUUAAGAAGUCCUCGAGCUUCACAAUUUGAUAGCAAGUCCUCGGAGAAACGAGAAGGUAGUGGCGUCUCCUCUCUUUAUCAGACGCCAAAAACUUUUGUUGCUGACAGUGAGAAUGGUGUUUCUGAAACCUCCUUGGAGAAUGCUAUUGACGAUUUAAAUUGUGAUGAGCAUAGAUCGUGGAACCGCUUCAUGGUAUCUUCUUCUGAGGGACCUUCAGCCGAUAACGGAAAUGCUGCUCAAUCAGCUGUCAACUGUAAAACCCCUUCCGAUGGUAGUGCUAAUCAACCUAGUGGAGAUGUUCAUGCCAGUGAAAAGACAUGUCAAUUACCCGAAAGGCAUUUAUGUGAUCAAGGAACUUCUUGUCCAAGAGUGACUUCCGUGGUUAAUGCCAUUCAUAAUCUGUCAGAGGUGCUUGUUUAUGAAUGCUUCAACAAUGGGACCUGGCUGAAGCCGGAACAACUUGAGAACCUAGUUGAGAAUCUCACCAAGUGCUUAAAGAAAAGCACCGGUAACAAGACAAUAGCAGCGGCAGCAUCAAUUCCAACUCAAGCUAUGCAUGUUUUCUGUACAAACGUGGUUGACCUUAAUAAGGCCUCAAAUUUAGUUGCUAAAGACUGUGAAGGGUUUAGUGUCAAGCCAUUGGAUAGAUUUGGCUUGAAAGAGCCAGUGGAUAAGGAUAAGUAUGAGAAUGAGAUGACCCAGAGUAUUAAGACCAUACUUGCUUCCAAUUUUCCUGAUGGUGAAGAAAACCACCCACAAACUCUCUUGUACAAGAGCCUCUGGCUUGAAACUGAAGCUGCCUUAUGUUCCUCAGCUUGCAUGGCUCGGUACCGUCGCAUCAAGAAUGAGAUUGGUAUGCAGAAUAGAGAGAUCUCUGCAGGUGUAUCAACCUUUAUGCAAGAACCUUUUCUUAAGCCCCAGAAACCAGUUUCCAUUAUGAACAGUACAGAGCAGGAAACGACUGAUUCACUUAUCAAACACGGAAGCAAUAGUGGGAACGAUAUAGUAACAAUGAGUCAUGCACCACAAAGCUUUAGAUUCAACUCCGAUUCCGUUUCUGCAGUACUAUCACUUAUGUCCAGAAGCUUUAUGGGUGGUUUAGAACAUGAACAUCAUGGAAACUUCAAGCCUGAUACUGCAAUCUCUAGAAAGAUACCGGACGCAAUACAGCAGGAAUCCCCUGGAUUCACCACAGAGGAAAAACAUAGUGAUGUUAUAGACAGGUUUCAGAUUCUGAAGCAGCAAGAAACAAAGCGCAAACUCAUGUCUCAGAACUGCUCAGAGGCAAGAAUUGGUGAUCAGGAGGAAAAUCCAGAAGCUUCUGAGGUGGCUAAUAUUGGCAGGAGCAGCCAAAUGAGUGAUGUCAUGGAUAGGUUCAAGAUACUUAAAUGCCGGGAAGCUGAGCAAGUUCAGGAAUCUCUCAACCGCUUGGACACAGAUUCGGAUUCUGACAAGGAGCAGCCAAGAAACAAGACACAAAUUUGUGACCAUCUUUGGGAGUCGAUGAUGAUAAUAGGUGGAAAUUCUGUGAAAGAGACGUGUGCCAAUACUGAAGAACCAUCUGCAUCAGGCGAAGGCUACGAGAGCCCGACCUCGGAUUGGGAACAUGUCCGCAAGGAUAAUUGAGUACUGCAACUUCCUUGGAUAAGAAGUUUCGAUCGUUUUUAUGGGUAGUGAAUAAAUAAAAAGCUAUGUGGAACAACACUAAUUGAAACUUUUGCGUAUUAUUCUUCUCUUAGUGAGCCAAUCUUUUCAUUUCUAUACACCAGUGUUAUUACACUAAAACGUCCUAUAAAAUUACUUUGUUUAUAAUGCUA